AUGAGCUGGGAUCUUUCUGUGGCUCCUGCCUUUGGAGACCAGCAGGGAGGGAGCUCCCCAGAUCCCCCCACAGCUUUUUGUGUCCACUCAGCUCCACCCCGAGUUUGGCCUGCUGCUCCGCUGGCUGCCUGGCCCCUGUGCCUGGCUUCCUGCUGCCCCCACCGGGCGUUUCCGAGGAGAGGGUCCGGCUCUGACUGGUGCUUGCGCUCUCUCUCGCAGGAGAUUGCUUCUUACCUGAUCACCUUUGAGAAACAUGAGGAAUGGCUCUCGGGUUCCCCCAAGACCAGACCCCAGAACGGCUCGCUCAUCCUCUACAACCGCAAGAAGGUGAAAUACCGGAAGGAUGGCUACUGUUGGAAGAAGCGGAAGGACGGCAAGACCACUCGCGAGGACCACAUGAAGCUGAAGGUCAAAGGGGUGGAGUGUCUCUACGGCUGCUACGUCCAUUCGUCCAUCGUCCCGACAUUCCACCGGCGGUGCUACUGGUUACUCCAGAAUCCAGACAUCGUCCUGGUUCACUACCUGAACGUCCCGGCGAUUGAGGACUGCGGGAAGAUCUGCAGCCCCAUCCUGUGUUCCAUCAACAGUGACCGCAAGGAGUGGCUGAAGUGGUCAAAGGAAGAGCUGGUUGGACAGCUGAAGCCCAUGUUUCAUGGGAUCAAGUGGACCUGCAGCAACGGGAGCAGCGCCACCGACUUCUCUGUCGAGCAGCUGGUGCAGCAGAUCUUGGAGAGCCACCAGUCCAAGCCGCCCCCCCGGACCCACGCGUGCCUCUGCAGCAGCAGCCUUGGGAGUCCUGGCCACAUCCCCCACAAAUGCAACAGCAUUAAGCACCGGAUCAUCUCCCCAAAGGUGGAGGUCCGCCCUUGCCCAUACCCAGCGCUGACGGAGGUGCAGAACAUCUCCGGCAGUCCUGAGGCCAGGGCCGAGGCAGAGCCGGCCAAGGGGCCUGCCCUGGACAGCAAGGGCCCGAAGCCGGCCAAGGCUGGCUCCCCCACCACGGCCGACGCCGUCCCCGACUCCACGCAGCCGUCCCCUGCUCUGGCCCGGCCCACCCUUGUGCCAGGAGAGGGGGGAGUGGCCCCCCCAGCGCCUCUCGGCUUGGCCGUCUUGCCGGGGCUGGUCCUCUCGCAGAGCCUGGAGUCCGCCAUGGAGACCAAUGAGGGGGGCCCGGACGCCUUUGACCCGGACUGUUUCCUGAACAGCCCCAAGCAAGGACAGACUUACGGAGGUGGCCUGGGGCUUCGAGCUGAGCCGGAGCCCACAGAGAACGCCCCGGCCCCAGCCUACUCUCUGUACGUGUCCACAAAUCGCUUCUUCAUUCAGGAUGACGGGGCCGGGCAGGGGCCCGCACCCCUCUCGGUCUCCUCCGUGGCGACGGCGGCGGCAGCAGCAGAAGCCAAGAGCAGCGCAGAGGCGCCCAUGGAGACGGCAGGCGAAGGGGGUGGCCCCUUUGGCCUGUCCUUCGACAGCCAUUUCCCUGACCUCAUUAGCGAGCUGAUGACCGAGGGAGCCGAGGCGGGCGGCGCACACAGCCCAGAAGGCACCAGUCCGGGGUCGGAGAGCCCUGAGCCGGUCCUCCCCGAGCCCCUGGCAGAGCCCUGCUAUGCGGCGGAGGGUGUCUUGGGGGGCUCUGCCCAGCCUCCGGUCUCCAUCACCGACUUCUCGCCUGAGUGGUCCUACCCAGAGGGGGGCGUCAAGGUGUUGAUAACUGGCCCCUGGAUGGACGAGUCAGAGUCGUACAGCUGCCUCUUUGAUCAGAUCUCUGUGCCCGCUUCACUCAUCCAGUCCGGGGUGCUGCGGUGCUAUUGCCCAGCACAUGAGGCGGGUCUGGUGCCGCUGCAGGUGGCACAGGACUCCUGCUUGGUGUCCCCGUCGGUCCUCUUUGAGUACCGGGCUCGGAACUUCUUGGCGCUGCCCAGCACCCAGCUGGACUGGCUCUCCUUGGAUGAUAACCAGUUUAGGAUGUCCAUCCUGGAGCGCCUGGAGCAGAUGGAGAAGCGCGUGGCUGAGAUGGCGGCCUCUGCCAGCAACACCCCCGAGGCCCGCCCGCAAGGAGAGAAGCCCCCCGGCCAGGCUGCCUCAGACUCCUUCGAAGACCGCAUCGUGGCCCUCUGUGAGAAAAUGAUGCUCUCGCGGUCGUGGCCUCGCUCAGAGACCCUCGUGCACCACGUCAGUUUCCGGGGAAUGACCCUCCUGCACUUGGCAGCCGCACAAGGCUACACCCACCUCAUCGAGACCCUUAUUAAGUGGCGGAAUCUCAAUGCCCAGAACCUGGACUUGGAGCAAGAGGUGGAUCCCCUCAACGUUGAUCAUUUCUCCUGCACCCCCUUGAUGUGGGCCUGCGCACUCGGACACUUGGAAGCAGCCCAGCUGCUCUAUCGGUGGAACAGCCAAGCCCUCGCCAUCCCUGACUCUUUGGGCCGCCUCCCGCUUACUGUGGCUCGUUCACGGGGCCACGUCAAGUUGGCCACAUGCCUGGAGGAACUGCAGCACCAGGAAGAGGCCCUCCCCGAACCUCUGGAGCCCAUGGCAGAUGUGCCUGGGGGUCCUGGCAAGGCCCGUGGCGGCCUCCAUCACCCCACAGAAGUGCUGCAUGUACCCUCUCCGCUCUCGGCCAGUCCAGACACAGGGCUCAGCACCGCAAGCGGGGUCUCCUCCCCCUCCGAGCGCUCGGAAGGCUCCCUCUCCCUCACCUCAGCCUAUUCCAGCGGGUCCGCCCUGCGGGAGUCGCCGGCCUACAGCCCCGAAGGCGAGGGCGCCAUGGAUGUCUGCCAGGGCCCGGCACCCGGGAGCAUGGAGGGCUGGUACUUGCAGGAAGCUGCCCGCCCGCCCAGCCUCCCCGCCGCCUCCUUCUUUAUGAGCUACAGCGAGGGGGGGAUCGCAGGCCCCCCAGGAGGCCCCGAUGCCGAGCUGGAGCCGGAGUUGCUAGCCUACGGGGAGAACGCCGAGAACGAGGAGCAGCUGCCAGCCACAGACGUCCUGCAGGUGGAUGUGAUCGCCCUGGCCAAGCAGAUCAUUGAGGCCACGCCAGAACGCAUCAAGCAGGAGGCCUUUGGCCCUGCCGAGGCUCCCCUCCGCGAGCGGUCCGGGAACGUGGGCCUGAACGAGACCAUGUCCUGGCUGGCCAGCUACCUGGAGAACGUGGACCAGCUGCCAACCCCCCCCCAGCGACGUGCCCUGGCUGCCUCUCCCCCCGGUCGGUCCUGCCUCAGCCCCCUGCAUGCCCCCCUGGGCGACCUGUCCUUCGAGCGCCUCCCUCCGCCCCCCACCGCGGCCAGCUGGGCGGAGUUCUUCAACGCCUCGGGCAACAGCAAGAUGGAGAACGAGUUCGCCUCGCUGACCCUCUCGGACCACGAGCAGCGGGAGCUGUACGAAGCCGCCAAGAUCAUCCAGACCGCCUUCCGCAAGUACAAGGGCCGUCGGCUGAAGGAACAGCAGGAACUGGCAGCGGCCGUCAUCCAGCGGUGCUACCGGAAGUACAAGCAGCUCACCUGGAUUGCCCUGAAGUACGCGCUCUACAAGAAGAUGACCCAAGCGGCCAUCUUGAUCCAGAGCAAGUUCCGCAGCUACUACGAGCAAAAGAAGUUCCAGCAGAGCCGCCGGGCCGCGGUCCUGAUCCAGCAAUACUACCGCAGCUACAAGGAGUACGAGAAGCUGAAGCAGGGCCACCGCGCCACAGCCGCCAUGCAGCAGAAGAUCAAAGGAACCUUCCUGACGAAGAAGCAGGAUCAGGCCGCUCGUAAGAUCAUGCGGUUCUUGCGGCGCUGUCGGCACAGGAUGAAAGAACUUAAGCAGCGGCAGGAGAUGGAGGCGCCCCCACAGAAGUGCGGUGUGGCCACUUAGCCGGAAGAGGAGCCACGCAGGAAGAGGCGGAGGAGAGUCUUAACCCCAGCUGAGCCCCUGAAGGACUGGGAGGCUGGGGGGAUGGCCAUGGGCCUCCCCCCAGGAAGGACUGUGCAAUAGAGCCGCCCAGGGCAAAGCCUGCCCCCCUCCCGCCUGGGGUGAGUGCAGAGGCUCUCUUGGCUGGACCCCCAGACCUGGGGCCCUCAGCUGCAUCACUGGAGCCCCCCAGCAAGCUUGUCUUCAGUCUGUGCCAAGGUGUUCUCUGCCACGCAUGGGCCUUUCCAGGGGUCAGAGGAGGCUGCUGGGGACAGGGUACCCCGGGCUCUGUAAGGAGGGAGGGAGGGACUCCUGGGGGCCCACUGCCUUCACUUCAGCUUUUUGGAGGACCUGCAGCUGCCCUCGCUCACAAGGGGCCAUGUGGAAGAAGGCCUCCUGCUCCUGCAAUGCACUUUUGACACCCCCCCUCGUUUCCUUCUCCUCCCACCUCCCUUUCCACAAGCUGUCAGGCUGGGAUGGAGGGUCCCUCCCUGUCCAGUUGCCCUCCUGCCCCCUUUCCCAAGCCUCCUGUGCAUACUUGUAUGAUAUGGGCAAAAGAAGGCAAGGUUGGCAUCUAUUUAAACUAAAGGCAUCUUACCCUCGUGUGGGUGGGGGUGGCGGCAGGGGACUGGGGAGAAAGAUGCAUGGAUUUUAAUUCUGGAGCCCCCCUCAGCAUCUCCUUUGUGUAUUUUAGCCCAGCCUGUGGAUGUCACUCCCCUCCAUCUGUCACAUGCCUACAGUUUUGCAUGACUCUGGUUGGUUUGUACAAAUUUACAUUAAACUGCGAGAAAAUCACCAGUGUAAA